AUGGAGGAGGCAGGCGAUGCAUCUGCAGCACUGGAUCCCAAGUUUGCUCCUCUGCUGCUGUUCGGCGGCCACGGCGACGCCACGUUCCUGUACAGCGUGCCGACGAGGGCGCUGCUGCCAAUGCCAACGCCAACGAGGGUGGGCGACGGCGGCGUCGACGACAUGAUGAGAUGCCACCGCUGGUGGACCACGGCGCAGGGCUGGUUGCUCAUGGCGCGCCGCGGCUCGCCGUGCACUUUUUUAUGGGACCCUUUCACCGGCCGCCGUGUCGGGCUGCCUCCCGACCACGACGGCACCGUCCUCGCCGCCGAAGGCAGCCAUCGCCGGAGGUGCCUCCUGUCAUGCUGCGGUCCCAUGGACCCGACCAGCUGCACCGUGCUCGUCAUCGACCUCGCCUACCCGGAGCUCUGGUAUUGCCGCCCCGGCGACAACCACUGGGUGAAGCUCCAUCAGCAACCGUACCAGUACCGCAACCCUGCCCACCGUGACGCCAUCAUCAGGUUUUUACGCAAGUUUACGGCGAUCGACGGCAAGUUCUACACUGAACUACACACCGGCAAUGUCGGCGUCCUCGAGUUCUUGCCGGAGGUGGCGUUCACCAAGAUCGCUGGCUGGUUGUUACUGUGCUGCUUGCUGCUGCAUGUAUCUUUUUUUUUCCCGAUCAGAGAUCGGGUUUGCGUCGUCCACCGCCUCGUCGAUAUCUACGCGUCUCUGACAUCGGCAUCGACUUCGUCGUCCUGCCCCGCGCAUCUUCGGCUUGAUCACCCGUUCAAGCGUCCGACUACAACGACUUCUGUAACCGAUCGUCAUCGAGCAUGCGUCUACGCCAUCAAGCUCUGGGUUGCCGCUGUGUCGCCUCCUUGGGCCGCAGUGCCGCUGCCUAUGGUCCACACCUCCAUUGGCUAUUGCAACGCUGAGAGGCGCCCUUCUCAGCGUGGCCUCACCGCCGGUGGACUUCUCGCCGCUGCAUCGACAUGGAGCUGCAGCUGUGCUGUCCUCUCGGACCAUAGCUUUGCCACUUUCGUCGUCUUCAUCGCCGUUCGCGCAUCGACAACCUCGUCGUCCGCACUGGUCAUAGUCAGCCGCUCGGGGUCUCCUUCCUCUACUUCAAGCAUCGCCGCCGCAUCUCCAAGCUGCCACUGUCGCCACUCUAGGCCGGUGGUGCAGCUACCUCUACAUGGCUACCGAUGUCGCCGUCCAGGCCGUUGGUCCCGCUAUUUCGCCUUCUACUUUGUCCAGCAUGACUCAUCGCCAGCGUCGCCGUAUCUUCCUCGACUACACUUCGCUCUUCUCCGGCAACUGCGUGCUGCUCCGGCAAUUCUCCCUCUACGCCGUUCUCGCGCUGCGACUGUCCCAGAGGCCUUCUCUGCUAGUCUCCUCCGACAUUGGCGUAUGAUUCAUGGUGGUCUCCUGUCUCGCCCGCGCGGUAUUGGCAACACCGGCGCGCGCGUUUGUCCCGAGUUGUCCCGGGGUCUGGCAAGCCCUGUGUAACGUCUCGUCCUUUACGGUUCGACUACAUUGGCUCUUCGGCGUCAUCUUCCUCAACGACCGCCGCGAUUGUAUCACCGUCUUCGUCUCCAGCGCGUCCUCACGCACCAUUGGUCCACGAUGCCCUCCCGUCCAUCCACGACCACUCUACGACGCCCCCUGCGCCUUACGGCUCGACUACCUCGACAUCAUCGACUUCCCGACUUCGGCUACAUCGACCACGGCUACUCUACGCACGGCUUCAUCAACCACGGCUCUCUCGGCUCCUUCGCUUUGGUUACAUCGACUAUGGCACAAAGGGCUAUCAUCUGUGUUGAGUACUCUUUCCGGUUUCUUCUCCAGUCCAAGUGUCCGCGCUGCUCACGCUUGGACUGCGGGGGAUGUUAGAGUAUAUGGUAGUUAGAGUCAUAUUAGGAUAGGAUUGGUUUGUUUGGAUUCCUUCCAUAUAUGUAAUUCUUCCUUAUCUUCUCCCC